AUGGCAAGGCAACCCUUGCCUUGUCCUUUCCAAGAACCAAUGACAGCACCCAAGCACAUGCAAGAUGGCUCAACGGCAGUAGCUGAGCGGUUGGAAACAAUUAAUUUAAGUGAUGACCCCUUUGUCCCAAGACCCAUCUCUGUCAGUGUUCAUUUAACGGAGGAAGAAAGGGAAGCUUUGGUGUCGUUGUUGAAAGAAUUUCGAGAUGUGUUUGCUUGGAGUUACGAAGAGAUGCCCGGCCUUAAUCCAAACUUGGUAAGUCAUACGCUGAAUAUUGAGUUCGGUGCAAGACCUGUUGUACAACCACGAAGGAAUUUUCAUCCUGAAAUUGAGAAGCAAAUCAAGGUGGAAAUUGAAAAGCUGCUAGCCGCUGGAUUCAUCAAGCCAAUCAAACACCCGACCUGGCUAGCAAAUAUCGUACCCGUGAAGAAGAAAACUGGGGUAAUCAGAAUAUGCACAGACUACCGUGAUCUCAAUCGAGCCUGCCCAAAGAUGAGUUCCCGCUGCCCAACAUGGAUAUCUUGA